AUGCUGUCUCGCGCCGCCCGCCCGGCACUCCGUGCUGCUGUGGCAGCUCCCGCACGGGUUGCCGCCGCCCCCAGCACCGCUGCUGGCUAUGCGACACUCCGAGAGAUCGAGGGCCGCCUCAAGUCCAUCCGCAACAUCGAGAAGAUCACCAACACCAUGAAGGUCGUCGCCUCUACCAAGCUCACCCGUGCUCAGCGAGCCAUGGACACCUCCCGCAACUACGGCCAGACCUCCAACGAGGUCUUCGAGGCUGCCGAGACCAAGGUUCCCGAGACCGAGCAGAAGAAGUCCCUCCUCAUCGUCUGCUCCUCCGACAAGGGUCUUUGCGGUGGUAUUCACUCCGGUCUGAGCCGUCGCACCCGCAGACUCAUCGCCGAGGAGGGUGACCACGACCUCGUCAUCGUUGGCGAGAAGGCCAAGGCUCAGCUGUCCCGUUCAAACGCCAGCAGCAUCCAGCUCUCCUUCGCUGGUAUCGGCAAGGACGUCCCUACCUUCGCCGACGCCCAGGCCAUUGCCGACCAGAUCUCUCUCCUCCCUACCGAGUACACCGACGUCAAGAUUCUGUACAACAAGUUCAUCAACGCCACCAGCUACGAGGCCACCUUCAUUGAGGCAUUUUCCGAGGAGGCUAUCCUUGCUUCCCCCAACUUCUCCGCCUUCGAGGUUGAGGAUGAGGUCAUUGGCAACCUCCGCGAGUACUCCCUCGCCAACUCCCUGUACUGGGCUCUUGCCGAGGGCCACGCCUGCGAGCAGUCCGCCCGACGCAACGCUAUGGACAACGCCUCCAAGAACGCUGGUGAGAUGAUUGGCAAGUACCAGAUUCUCUACAACCGAACUCGCCAGGCCGUCAUUACCGGAGAACUGGUUGAAAUUAUUACCGGUGCCACCGCUUCAGCGGACAUGUAA